AUCUUUGUAACCAGACGGUACAGAUCUUCUUUCUGCCUGGACAAAGAGACCACGUCGCUGCUUUUCCUUUAGACUGUUACAUUUAUAAAUGACCGCUGGUCCGGUAGACUGCUUCGGAAUCUUCAAACCGCCAACAUGUUCGGCAUAAUCGCAGACACCCUGACUACUGGCUUAACCGUACUACUUCCGGUGUUCCUCUCUUACAAGACGCUCCAACAGCAUCCUCCCUCAGCUCUCUCCCCUUGGCUUAUCUACUUCCUCAUCCUCACCCUCCUCCUCCAAGCGGAAUCGACCUUUGCCUUCAUCCUCGACUUCGUCCCCUUCUAUUCGUGGCUCCGGCUCUUCGCCUACGCCUACCUCAUCCUCCCCGGCACCCAAGGCGCAACCUACCUCUACGCCGAACACCUGGAGCCCUUCCUCCGCCAAUAUGAACGCGACAUCGACGAGUUCAUUGCGAACGCGCACGACAAAUCGCGGAAAGCCGGCUUGGAUUAUCUGAAGAAAACCGUGGAAUACGUGCGUGUCAAUGUCUUGGGAAUGCCGCCGCGGACACCGACGCCGCCUCCAUCACGGCAGACCUCCGCGACCUACACCCAGCAACUCCUCUCCCGCUUCGCGCUCCCCGCACGAGACGGCGUGUUCGCGGCCCCGGCGAUGGGAGCGGCCGGCGACCUAUACGGCCUGCUGACCUCCGCGGUCUCCGCCAUCUCCGGCUCCCCGGCCUCGCGCGAGGCGCAGGCGGAAGAGCUAAGCCGAAGCGGGAUGCUCGUGCCAGACGGACUGCGGGGCGACGAGCGGAUCAACUACGUGUCGACGCAGCGCGAGCGGUUACGCGUCUUGUUGCAGGCGUUCGAUCGCGAGGCGGUGAGCAUGGCGGCGGGGGAACCGGCGGCGGGGCAGUGGGGUGGCGGAGGCGACUAUAUGCGGAAGAGCAGGAGCGAGGCGGAGUUCGAUCGGAUUGAGAUUGAUGAGGCGGGAUCGGAGGGGCCGUCCGGGGGGUGGAUGCCGUGGAAUUGGAGCCCGAAUAGGCAGGCGGAGGAGCAGGCGAGGGCGUCGGGAGUGGAUUUCUCGGGAUGAAAUUUGAAUAGAGGAAUUCGCGUGGAGUUCACGUUCAGCAGGGCAACGGCGCUUGGAAAGAUGGGGGAUUCUACGGUCCGGUAUCGUAACAGUGUCUACAGCGCCUUUGCGCUUGUCUUAGUUGAUCCAACCAUCACAUCUAGAUUUUUGGAUCCGUUGGCAUUCGAACAAUACCAACCUUUCGGCCACUGGACAGUGUCACGCGAAGCUGGUUUCUUUGUACGGAUAUUUCACUUCCACCCCCUUCUUCGUCACGAUCUUCCGCUUCUUCUUCGUCGCCACGUGCUCCACCCAGACCUCUUUCGAGUACUUGCUCAUGAACCCCCUAAUAAACACCGGAUCCCACAGCUCGGAGGCGAUGCCUAGAUCUUUGCAGCACCGCAUCAGCGCGUUCGACUUGCACCCUUCCGUCGCCGUCGGGAUCCCUUCCGGGUCGAAGUAUUGUUGUUCG